GACCGAGGCGCGCUUCAAGGCGCAGGCGCGGGGAGGGGUUGGGGGAGGAGGGAAAGCGGCGAGUAAGAUGGAAGAUGAGGAGGUCGCUGAGAGCUGGGAGGAGGCGGCAGACAGCGGGGAAAUAGACAGACGGUUGGAAAAAAAACUGAAGAUCACACAAAAGGAGAGCAGGAAAUCCAAAUCUCCUCCCAAAGUGCCCAUUGUGAUUCAAGACGAUAGCCUUCCCACGGGGCCCCCUCCACAGAUCCGCAUCCUCAAGAGGCCCACCAGCAACGGUGUGGUCAGCAGCCCCAACUCUACCAGCAGGCCAGCCCUUCCUGUCAAGUCCCUAGCACAGAGGGAGGCAGAGUACGCAGAGGCCCGGAGGCGGAUCCUGGGCAGUGCCAGCCCUGAGGAGGAGCAGGAGAAACCCAUCCUUGACAGGCCAACCAGGAUCUCCCAACCCGAAGACAGCAGGCAGCCCAGUAAUGUGAUCAGGCAGCCUUUGGGUCCUGAUGGGUCACAAGGCUUCAAACAUCGCAGAUAAAUGCAGGCAAGGAAGGAUGCUGCUGCUGCCACCGCUGCCGCCACCGUCGCCUCCUGGAUUGUCUGCCAUGGGUCGCACUGCCGUGGCAGACAUCUGGACUUGAGCAGAGGGAACGACCUGACUUACUUGCACUGUGAUCCCCCUUGCUCCGCCCACUGUGACCUUGAACCCCAUGCACUGUGACCUCUGCCUCCCCCCCUUCCCACUGUGAUUGGCAUGUUGACAAGGGCUGUCCCAAGUCAAUAGAAAGGGAAAGGAUGGGGACUAGGGGAGGAUUGGGGGAACCUACCAAGGACUCAGAGUCGAGGGUCAGACAGUGCCACUUGGGGUCCAGCCAGUGCCAGCAAUAACAGUUUAUCAUGCUCAUUAAUUUGGGAUUUCAAAACACAAAUGAGAACUUCCCCCACCCACCCCAAGUGCAUGUCGCCAUCACUUAAAAGUAAGUUCCAUUGAAAAUAUCCUUUCCUUUU